CUUUUUAAAAAAAUAAAAACUACUUUGAACUCUUUCUUUUUCUCCCUCCAGGCAAAGUAAACUCUCCUUUUUAAAGCGGUUGUAGCACAAAGGUACAGAAAGUGAAAGCAGGAAACAAGUGGAGGUGAACAGAAGGUGAGCUGGCAGAGUAGUUUCUACCUGAGCUACGCAGGUGGGACGUUAAUUAACGGGGAUGAGAUGUCUGACAUGAUGGACAAGUCAACUGAGAACCCAGAGGAGGACAGAGUGUCUCUCAAGAGCAACGGGAAGACGCCGACCAUGGGAGUUUUUCAGACGCUCAGGAGGAGCAUGCGUCGGACGGCGGAGAUGAGCCCACUGUCGCCUGGGGGCAAGGGGUCAAAGGUCACGACCGACGAGGAUUUGAAGUCACAACCGCCGCCGUCACCCAGUCUGAGUGUCGGCUCAGUCACGUCUCCUCUGAAGAACAUCGGUGCCCUUUUCAGCAGAAAAGAGGAAGAUGAGAGCGAAAAGACUGGAAAAGGUCUGACGCGUUCAAAGACAGAUCCGAACAUGGGCGGGUUCGGUGACUCUUUCCUGAAAAGGGGAGCGUCCAUACGUCGAAGCCUAGGAUUCGGCAACAAAAAGGACAAAACCGGGAGACUGGAGGCGCUGGUCUCCGUCUCUGAGGGCUCAGCGGAGGAGAGGAAGGAGCAGAAAGAGGAGGAGGAAGAGGAGGAGGAAGAGGAAAUGGAGGAGUCGUACACACUGCCAGAAAUACCGCACACACCUCUGUCAGUGAUGCAGAUCAAUAAGCUGAUCGAGGAUGACAUCCUGGAGGAGGCUCACCUGAACCUGCUCGCCCUGCGGCAGGAGUUCCAGCAGGAGCAGGAACGCUGCGGCGAGGACUCCCCCAUGGAGCUGGUCAAGAAGGAGAAGGACCUCAACCUCCUCUACGGGGAGCUGAGGAAAAAGAUCAACACCAUCGUGCGCGACUCCAACUCUCUCCCCUCCAGAAGCAAGGAGAUGCUGGUUCCCGUGGCUCGCAUCAUCCAAGAGGAGGAGCGACGAGCGGAGGAACCCGGCGGGCUGGCGGGCAGCUGGAUGGAGGCGUGGAGGGAGGCGGUGGAGGAGGGAGCGCAGGCGAAGGUGUCGAGCGUUCCCCUGGAGCGGCAGGAGCAGAACGUCUCCUGGUUCGCGGAUCUGGGGCUGCUGGGUAAGGCCGUCAUGGAGGACUUGCAGAAGGUGAAGACGGAGCUGCGAUGGUCGUACCCGCCCAGCUUCAAGGUCUUCAGUUCCUACAUGAGGAGUUACCACCGAGUCGUCGGGCAGCACAUGAAGAAGCUGGAGCAGCAGGCGACGGAGCUGAAGGACCUGUUCUCUCUGCUGGACUUCAUCAUCAACUGCUACAAGAGCGAGAGGAUCAUGGGAAAUCCCUCCCUGCAGCCGGACAUGAAGGAUGAGAGCUCUGACCUGCAGCUGGAGGGCGACUUCCUGACGCAUCUGAAAGACAAGUACUGCUGCAGAGUGAAGGACGACAUAAAGUCUUCACUGGACAGACUCAUUGAACUUGAGAAUGAGGAAGUUUGGAGUCACAGCAAGUCUCCAGAGAAGGAGGACGACUUCCUCAACUCUCCGCUACACAUGGACAUCUGGACGAAAGUGAAAGGAAAUAUCACAAACUCCCGACUCAUAGAUGCUCAACUGGAACAGAAAGUGAUCUCCUCCUGUCUACGAGAGCUGAGAGAGUUCCCCACGAGAUUCGAGGCGGAGUUCAAGCGUCACUGCAGCGCUCUCAGACAGAAGCCUCUUUGGGCCGAGUAUCAGAUUACAUACAUCAACAGCUUCACUGCUUUACAGCAGCACAUGGAGGGCUACCGGGGCUCGUGUCCAGACGAGGUGGACGGGUUCAGAAAAGAGGCGACGUGUCUGAUUACCAGGCUCACUCAGACGCUGGAGGACCAGUUCAAAGACGACGUGAAGCCGUACCUGAGGAGGAUGAUGACCAGGAAGUGGCUCACCAACGACGAAGACUUUGUGGAGCUCGACAGACGGACGGAGCAGCUUUCCCAACACUGCGCACUGAUGAGGCCUCCACAUAAUCAUGAGUUUGCGAGCCGGCUGCACUACCACGUGGUGAGGGAGUACGUCGGCCAGCUGAUGAAGAAUAACUACUCAUGCAAGAACCGCAAACACGAGAAGGCAGCCAACAAGAUCCGUGUGCAGUGUGGAAAACUCACUGAUGUGUUUGAGAACAUGAAUUCGACUCACGAGUGGCUCUUCGCUGUGGGAGACGACCUGAGCGACAUCAUCGGUCAGAAAAACAAGACGGACAUAAAGAACCACCUGCAGCCUUUAGUGGAGCAAUACCCCGACUUCAGCAAGAAGCACCUGGUUGCCGUCCUGAAUUUCAGAGGUCCUCUUCGAGGCCGAGAACACCAGCUGAUCCUCCAGCGGCACUCGGAGCUGAAGAAGAGACUGGGCGACGGCGGCGCCAGGAACCGGGAUUUAUUCGGCGACAUGCAGGUCACCGUCAACACAGACUGCCUCUCCAAUCUGCCUUUCUCCUGCCUCGGCUUCCUGCUGCCUGGAAACUAGAGCAACAUGGAAGACGAGGAGUUCAAUUACAGGUGGAGCUAUGACAGAAACGUUUAUUUAAGGUGGUUUGACACAUUUAGACUCAAAUUAAGGUUCUGGCUCUUAAACACUAAACUAAACUGCACCUUCUUACACAGAAACAGUUCAUGUUUUCAGGAUCGAUCGUUCUCAAUAUCUCCAUUACUACAUUGAAGUUGUAUUAUGUGACUUUAAUUAUGGAAUCAUUUUACCUUUAUUAUACCUGUCUAACAAUAAGAGUUUGUUGGUGUUCGCUUAGUAAGAAGAGACCCUAAAUGAACGCACAUUCUCAAACACAAUAAAAGAUAAAUAAAUUAGACUUUAACACGAAUCAAUAAGCAUUUUUGUGAAUUAAACGUCUCGAUUCAUAAUAGACAGCUGAUAUUCAUGAGGCUGAAACGAGAAGUUUGUCCGGAUAAGAAAGUUUGGUGAAUCGGACACAAGAAAAUGUACGAGAUGUAAAAAGAAAAAACUCACAAGAGCGUCAAAUGUGGAUUAAUCCGCCGCUGAAAAUAGUCCUCAGGAAAUGAAUCACUUCCUCCUGGUUUGUCUGAUUAAAAACAACAAUAAGCAAAUAACUGAGACCUUUCAAAAAUGAAACAAUACAUCUGUUUUUAUAGAUUUAUGUUUGUCACAGACACAUUGAGAAGUAUCGAGAGACGGACUAAGACAUAGUUUUGUUCUUUCGUGGGAUUUUUUGACAAAAAAACACAGCAUCACAUCCUCCGUGUCCUUUAAAUAAAGUUUAAAGUAAGUUGAAACUAAUUAAAUAACACAUGUCCACAGUUUUUACACAUAUUACAGGGAAUUCUGUGGCCUAACAGAGGAGUGAACUUCUGUUUCUUCCAACAGCAAAAAUGUGCUGCCUCCUCUAACACGUAACAAAUGUAGAAAUGCCUCAUAAAUUAAAGGUGCACGCAAGCAGUGUGUUACGCAAUAAGACUGAGUCCAGCAUUGUCAGUAACUGCAGGAUUAUUUUCUUGGGAAGGAAACUAAGUCCCAUUUAUCAAAUAUUGUGAAACUUUAACGUGAGUGUGAAGUUCUCAGCAGAUGUAACAAAUUAAAAGCAGGUUUCAGAAGAGUCACUAUUCUGCAGUGGUAUUAUACUGUUGCUGGAAAAUGCGUCUUCUGUGAUGACUGUGCUGGACCUUAAUUUGAGCUCAAAGUGUCGGAUCUACUGAUAAAAACUGUACGAAUCUCUUUGCAUGUGAAUGUUGAUUGAGGAACUGAACCCAGUGAACGAUACAAGACUGUGUAUGUGUAUGUAUUAGCUCUCAAAACUGCUUUCAAGACUUAAAUAUGAAGGUUUAUUUUAGUAAAAUAUGUGUUCUACUGUCAGAUCUCUGAUGUCAGAUUAACCUUUGUGAUCUCAGAUGGUAGAAAACUCUGCUUAACCAAGCUUUAUGUGAUCUUUGCACAUUUUAUGUAUUCAUUUAAUCAUAAUUAUGUAUUUUUUUGUGUGUUUGUAAAUAGUUUAUGUAUUUAUCAUUGUUGUCAACUGGGAGAAGUCAAAAGUUUAGAAUCUCAGGAUGUUUUGAAUCAGGGUUUAUGACAUUUUUGUGACUUGUUUUAGGAACAAAAGUUCUUACAAAUCCCGACAAUUAUAAGAAUUUGAAUAUGAAAUGCUUCUGUUUUAGAUCUACUUUAGUGUGAAGGGUGCCAAAGGGAUUAUGUCCAAACCUAUUUAAUCCUUUUUUUUAAUAAAACAUACGA